AUGGUGCCGAACAAAUCGCUGAUCUUCAGCGCCGUGCCAACCCAUACCCCGGUUCCAGGCGAGCACAUCACGCUCGAGAACCGGCCGUUCGACCCCACCCAGCGACCUCCUCAGCAUGGCAUCACGGCCAAAACCCUCUGGAUCAGCCUGGACCCGUACAUGCGCGGCCGCAUGCGGCCGGCCUCGACCGCAUCGUACUCGCCGGCCUUCACGCUCGGCGCUCCCCUCACGGCGUACGCGCUAGUGCAGGUCCUGGCCUCGGACGCCGACGCCGACGCCGAGGAGGCGGCGUCAUUCCACCCCGGGGACAUCAUCUACGGCCAGUUCCCCGUGGCCGAAUACAGCGCCAUCUCGCGCGAGAUGCUCGCCCGGCCGGUCGUGCGCAAGGUGCACCGGCUGGACGGGCCCGCGCCGCUGAGCCCCUGGCUGAGUGUGCUGGGCUCGACGGGUUUGACGGCCUAUUCGAGCUUGUACAAGAUCGGGGUGCCCAGGCCGGGGGAGACCAUCUUUGUGAGUUCCGCGGCCGGGGCCGUCGGUCUGUUCGUCGGCCAGAUCGCCCGCAUCGAGGGCCUCACCGUCAUCGGCAGCGUUGGUGAUGAUGCCAAGUUGCGGUUCAUCAGGGACAGCGGCUUUCACGACGGGUUCAACUACAAGAAGGAGAGGACCGCGGAUGCACUGAAGCGCCUGGCUCCGCAUGGCAUUGAUAUCUACUAUGAUAAUGUGGGCGGGGAGCAGCUGGAGGCGGCGCUGGAAGCCAUGAAAGAUUUCGGCAGGAUCGUUGUGUGCGGCAUGAUUUCGCAGUACAACAAGCCCGCGGCCGAGCAAUAUGCCGUCAAAGGACUCACGAAUGUCCUCUCAAAACGGCUCAAGAUCCAGGGGUUCGUCGUCACGGAUCCGGAGUUUUUCAAGUACCGAGAGGAGAGGGACGAGAAGAUGAUCCAGAACGCUGCCGACGCUUUUGUCGCCAUGCUGGAAGGGACCAAAGCGUUUGGGAAGGCUUUGUUGAAAGUGGCAGAUCCGGAAUGA